CUUGACUUGGAGUGAUGCCUCGGCGAUCAAAGACUUUGGUUGGCCCCGCUUCUGGGAAUCGUGAUGGCAGCAGUCUUCGGAGCCGGAGGGUGUUCAUGCUCCAGGACCCGAUGCGAAUCAAAUACUUCCCAGAGGUUGAACGGAAGCCAAUGCCUGAACACGAUGUGAUUGAUGGGGGCCGCAAGAUUCGAAUCGAACAUGUCAAUGACCACCCUGUCCUCAAGGCGUGCUAUCGAGAUUAUGAAGAAUUCUGUUGGGAUGGAUUUCGGCUCUUGGCCAGUCAGAAUCCCCGUAUGCCCCCCCACGAUUUUGUGCAGCUCUGCAACACGGAGGUCACCGGAUGGCGCACCCUUGUCCAGAUAGAUGGACAGUACUGGUUGUGUGUUCCUUCUCAGAACACUAUCCACUAUGGUGGGGAUACCUUUGCGUUUCAAGAGAGUCAACCUGGCAGUGGAGAUGGACAAGUCAUUUUUGUGAGUGGAGGGCUGUUUUUGUCAGAUGCAGCGGGUGUCUUAGGCUGCUUACUUCCUGGCGUUCAAGAUUCGAAUAUGUCAUAGCAGCUGCUCCAAAUCUUGAUUUCAAAUGUCACAUGACUCUGUGAUGCCGCUUUGGCAAACGGCUUC